AUGGCAGACCGGGCACCAUUCCGCCCCGCACUGAUCGUUGUAGACUUCCAAGAAGACUUCUGCCCUCCGCACGGCUCGCUAGCAGUCAAAGAUGGUCGCGACAUAACCGAAACUGUCAACAAGCUUCUUGCCCUACCCUUCGUCCUCAAAGUCGCGACCAAGGAUUGGCACCCGCCCGACCAUAUCUCCUUCGCCUCCAGCCAUGCCAACAAGCAGCCUUUUACCGACUCAGUUAUGAUCAAGAACCCUCUCAAUACCGCGGAGACCUAUGAGUCGCGACUAUGGCCAGUUCAUUGCGUACAAGGCACAACCGGCGCCGACCUCGUCCCCGAGCUCCACCUGACGCAAAUAGACAAGGUUAUCGAGAAAGGAAUGGACAAGAGGGUUGAGAUGUACAGUCCCUUUUACGACCCCUUCAAUGAGCCACGGGGAAGCGACAGCGGGCUGGCGGGGAUCUUGAAAGAGAAGGAAAUCUCCGACGUCUACGUGGUUGGCCUUGCGGCCGAUUAUUGUGUCAAGAAUUGCGCUGUGGAUGCGGCUAAGGAGGGGUUCAAGACGUUCAUUGUGGAGGAGAGUACGAGGGCAGUGGAUCCAGAUGGCUGGCAGGAUUGCAAGGAGGAGAUAAAGGCGAUGGGCGUCGAAAUUGUCAACAUGAAGAGUCCUGAGGUCCAGCGAUUGAUGACCGCGUUCUGA